GAAUACGUAUUUCCUGUCACCGAUCUGAUCACAUUGUACCUGAAGUCGUGCCCGUCCUACAGUGGUGUAGAACCUCCAAAGAUUUGUAGGGUGGUGAGUCUCUAUGUGGUGCCUAUGUUCACCAGAGCUACACAGUUAAGCCCUGCUAUUAUCGGUAAGAUGAACGAGCUCUCUCAGAAGAUAGUACCCAAUAUUGGUGGAAUUCGUUAUGUGAAGGAGAUUGCCAUUGAGGUGGAGAUCGGCAGGAAUUUGGUAAGGCGUCGUGUCAGGUAG